GUCAAGUACAAGCCCCGCCUACUGCCUGUCACGUGACACUUUGAAAACAACCAAUGAGGUGACUCGCAUUACUUACAUAAGGUACAGCGAACAACCCACCGUCUACAUUAUAGUCGUUCACGAGCCAACCGAUGGUGUCGAGUAGUACGGAAUGAGCGAUGACGACAAAACUGACUUCGUUGUCCAGCAGGACAAGUUGGGCCUCGUCAUCGGUCGCGACGGCCGCACGAAGGCAAGAAUCGAGCGCCUCUUCGCCGUGCGAAUGGAUCUCACGUCGCACAGGCAGCCCGACGGGGAAUGGGUGACUCUAUGCGGACUCGCAGACAAUAGAAAGAAAGCUCAGGAAUUCAUCAUGUCGCUCUGCUAUCCAGAGAAGAUAAUUGCCGUCGCUUUUCCUGCCUACAUGAAGGCCGAACUGAUUGGCAAGAACGGUUACAAUCACCAGCUACUCGAGACGAACUCGGGCGCCGUCGUCGUCUUCCGCGACGACAACGUGGCCGAAAUUCGCGGCAACCCCGUCUCCGUCGUGACGGCGCAGUCGAUCAUCGAGGGGCAGAUCGAGCAACACGCGCGUCGACGUGCAGAGUCGGGCUCGCCGACCGAUCGACACGAUGCCACAUCGAAUCAGUUGGGUCUCUACAGAAUGGGAGAAGCAACGUCGCAAGAGAUCAUCGACCGCAGAGACGGACGGAAGCAGCCUUAUGGGGGCAGCGUGGAAGUCGACGAACUUUGGGUGCAGAAACCGGAUGCCAUAGAAGCAAGUUUGAACAGGAAAAGUGCAACUCCCACCUUGACGACUGCAUCCGCGGCUGUUGCCGCCGACCAGAGCAUUAUCGUUUUUUCGAAAAAGCUCGGUUACUCCGAACAGGACGUUUGUCGUGUUAUCGAGCGAUUAGGACCCGAGGCGGAUCGGAAUGCGGUGUUGGACACGUUGCUAAAAUUCGCUCGCAAAUCACAACCGGAAAACGGCUCGUUGCUCGCGCCUCAGAGGCCCACGUCGAGUCGACCGACGCUCAGAGCAAUCGUUAUCGAUGGAAGCAACGUUGCUAUGAGACAUGGCAAUAAUCGAGUGUUUUCUUGUCGGGGUAUUGGUCUUUGUGUGGAUCAUUUUUUGAAGGAGGGACACAGGCAAAUCACAGUGUUUGUUCCUUCUUGGCGAAAAGAAAAGUCGUCACCUGAUACUCCCAUAGAAAACCAGGAAGUUUUGUAUGCCCUCGAGAAAGAUAACUAUUUGGUAUUUACUCCCUCAAGGAAAGUUCAAGGUAAAAGGAUUGUUUGUUAUGAUGAUCGGUUUAUUGUUCGACUGGCAGCCGAGACGAAUGGAGUUAUUGUAUCGAAUGAUACUUACCAAGAUCUGCUCAAAGAGAAUAAUCCCGAGUGGAAGGCGGUCAUCGAGCGUCGACUACUGAUGUAUACCUUUGUUGGCGACAAAUUCAUGUUGCCAGAUGAUCCUCUAGGAAGGAAGGGUCCAGGCCUUAAAGAGUUUCUGCGAUGUGAGGCUUAUCAGGCAGCAGCUCCAACUUCCUCUGUGGCUUCAUCUUUUCCUCUUACCAGCAGGUCGGUUGGGAAUGUCGACUAUAAGAAUACUGUAUGCCCAUAUUUGGGAAAAUGUACUUACGGAAGUAAAUGCAAAUAUAAGCAUCCUGAUCGAGAACAGCAGCAGCAACAACAACAGCAGCAGCAGCAGCAGCAGCAGCAGUCGUUGUCGUUGUCGUCGUCGUCGUCAUCGGCUAUGGACCAUCAACUGUAUGCACCUCCUGUUUCGAGCUUGUCGUCGCCUGCUGUGACUGGUCAGUAUUCCAUAUCUCGGACUUCUGAUAAUUCUGGGUCGUAUGGUCACCAUAUAACUGAAAGUGGGUAUGUAUCGGAUUUGCUGCAGACACGUGGAAGCAUUACGACCCAACAAGGACACACUGAGUAUCAACUUCCUACUCUCUCACAAGGAGGACAAUAUCAAGCACGUGAUCUUCACCAUGUUGGUUAUGUACCAGUUGACCAUACUGCUCAAAGAUACCAACCAGACGACCAAGCAUAUCAACCGUCUCGGGGUAGGUACUUGCCUAAGGAGGCAGGUCAGGAAUAUCAAAGUGAAAGUACACGUAGCUACAGUGAACUAGUGUCACGUGGGCAUGAUAAUCGAUUACAAUACCCACCAGAAGCGGCAUAUCGUCCGCAAUAUGAGCAACGAUCGAGACACUUUGAUGAUCCAUAUGGUGACUACUAUACAAGUCGAAGAGCUGCUGCUGUACAACAUAAUUAUUCUCAAGGUGCUCACAGGGAGACGUACUUUCAUGAUCACAGUGAUCCAAAUCCAAUUGAUUUCAGUGGAAAUUACACGGGUCAGGCCGUAUCUGCUCCGUUGCGACCAUACCAGUCAGGUAUUUCUCGGUCGCAACGUACACAUUACACACCCGGUGGUUACUAUCAGCAGAUGCAACCUCAAGUCACCGGUCAGGGAGACAUGGCUCAUCAUUCUUUCUCACAUCAUAACAACACACGUCCUGUUCAUGUGACUGAACGCCUCUUCUGUGAAGCACUACAAGUUCUUCCGAAUCACAAGCAACAGCUUCAAGAAGCUCUUGUCAUGUAUCCACACAUAGACACAGUGAAAAGUCUUGUCGCAGUUGUACUCGACAAUAUCAUCCCAAUGUAGAGUACGAGUCCAGAGUGAGUCGUCUCACAUUCUGGAUGCACAACAAACAUUCUUUAUGUAGAUGUUAUGCAUCGAUUGAGUAUUGACAUUAAUUCUAGUUUCCUAGCUGGCUGUUGUUAUUUGUUACCAGGCUGGCAUACUCUGUACCUACCAAGCAGGUUAUUGUAACACUGAGCUCAUUGUAGUCUUGUAGUUAAGAACUUUAGCUGAAAUGAAUGUAUCCUUCCGUUUUGGGUUGUUGGAUCAUUAUUAUAGUAUAAAGCGUUAUUCUAAGCAUUACUACUGUA